CCGCCCGAGCCCCGGCCCCCGCCUCCCCUCGAGGCGGACUUGCCCGCUCCCAGGCCGGCCCCGUUCCUGGGACAGGGACCGGGCCGAGCGGAGCCGCUGCGCCAGUGCUGCCCCGCCAGCCCGGGCGCCUAGCGGAUCGGAGCUGCGCGCGGAUCUACCUCGCCCCGCCCCGCUCCACCCGUGAGGGUGGCCCGAGGCAGCCGGGAUGACACUUCUCCUCAGGAACCCUGCUAUCUGCUGAGAAACAUGACCAGCAAGUCCCGCUGGAAGUUUCUGGCCAUGCUGGCUCUGGUCCUUGUCGUGGUCAUGGUGUGGUACUCCAUCUCCCGAGAAGAUAAGUACUUUGAACUCUUUUAUUUCCCCAUCUCGGAGAAGAAAGAGCCGUGCUUCCAGGGUGAGGCAGAGAGGCAGGCCUCUAAGAUUUUUGGCAACCGUUCUAGGGAACAGCCCAUCUUCCUGCAGCUGAAGGAUUAUUUCUGGGUGAAGACACCAUCUGCCUAUGAAUUGCCCUUUGGUACCAAAGGAAGUGAAGACCUUCUUCUCCGGGUGUUGGCCAUUACUAGCUAUGCCAUACCUGACAGCAUACAGAGCCUUGAGUGUCGUCGCUGUGUUGUGGUGGGAAAUGGGCACCGAUUGCGGAACAGCUCACUGGGAAGUGUCAUCAACAAGUAUGAUGUGGUAAUCAGAUUGAACAAUGCUCCCGUGGCUGGUUACGAGGGAGACGUGGGAUCCAAGACCACCAUACGUCUCUUCUACCCUGAGUCGGCCCACUUCGACCCCAAAAUAGAAAACAACCCAGACACGCUCUUGGUCCUGGUAGCUUUCAAGGCAAUGGACUUCCACUGGAUUGAGACCAUCUUGAGUGAUAAGAAGCGGGUACGAAAAGGUUUCUGGAAACAGCCGCCCCUCAUCUGGGACGUCAACCCCAAACAGGUUCGGAUUCUCAACCCCUUCUUUAUGGAGAUUGCAGCAGACAAGCUCCUGAGUCUGCCUAUUCAGCAACAGGCACGGAAGGUCAAGCAGAAGCCAACUACAGGUCUGCUAGCCAUCACCUUGGCGCUACACCUCUGUGACUUAGUGCACAUCGCUGGCUUUGGCUACCCCGAUGCCUACAACAAGAAGCAGACUAUCCACUACUACGAACAGAUCACACUUAAGUCUAUGGCGGGUUCAGGGCACAAUGUCUCCCAAGAGGCCCUAGCCAUCAAGCGGAUGCUAGAGAUGGGAGCUGUCAAGAACCUCACGUACUUCUGACUUGGAUGAGAGCUGUAACACGUCAGUUCCCAGCUUUGCCAUCUGAAUGGCCCCUGUCUACGGCUUUGGGAUGCCUGGUGGCAGUGCAAGUCACUUGAACUCACCCUCAAUGGGGAGGGUGUUCUGGGACGGGCCAGGUCUCAGGAGAGGCUAUGUCUCCGAUUACUCUGUGGAAUCUAAGUCCAGACAGGGUGGACACACUGAGACCACAGGAGCCUGGCCGAGGGAGGGGGACUUGCUGCUGUGGCACCCCCUGUCUGCCAGCACAAAGAAGUUUGGUUUUCUGGGGUUCGUUUUUUUUUUGUUUGGGUUUUGUUUGUAUGUCUGUCCUUUUUGUUUAGUUUUUUGUUAUUGUUGGUUUUUUGUUUGUUUUG